GUAGAUUUUUAAUACAUUCUUCACCAUCUGGUUUACAUAGAGCCACUGCUUUUCAGGGUUCAGAGCAGGCGCGGGCCAAGACCCCAGUACAUGCACCGCCCGUAGGAAAUAGCUAUCCAGGCGGUGUUUUGCAUCCGUGUACUGACAGUGGCACGCGCCCACUCAAAACAAAAGGAAGUCGGCUAUAAUCAAUGAUUUAUAGAAACCCGAGGCCGAGUAGUCCUCAAAUGUGAACAUUUACACGGAAUUUAGAUUUUGACGUUUAUAUUUGACUGAAUUUGGACUAAAUGAUAUUUCGAUUGCAAUCACAUAAUGCUAUCAAUGGUAGUAGUAUGAAAAGGCUUGUGUUGAAAGGACCACUCUGCCAGAGCUGUAGGGCCUUGGGGCUCCAGUAGAGGAUGUACCGUAGUGGGGACAGGGACUUCCAGACUUCAGCGCAGAGGAUGGGUACAUCCUUGAUGUUCCAGUUGUCUGUUCAUGAGCGUGAGCAGGACUUGGUGUUAUUGGACCACAGCUAUGCCAAGCCAUGGAAUGUCCACCCGGACGCCAGCAGUGCCCGGCCCACGCGCAUGCUGUUCGUCACACCCCGUCGCCAACCUGAUGCCACUCCGGAAUCAGAUCUGUCAAUAGAUGUGGAAUCUGUCACGCCUACACCUAUUCCACUCUAUGACAACCAGAAAGCACGCAGUGUUAUGAAGGAGUGUGAGCGACAUGUUUUAUUUGCUCGCACAGUUGCCGAUGGUCCCCCACCCCCUGAUGACUGGGACGAACGCAUCAACAAGGCUGGAUGGUCGGUCACUCAAAACAAGUUAUUUAAUAAGGUGCUGAAAGCUCUGCAAGCUGAAAGACUGGCCCGGCUUGCCAAUGAAAAUGCAUCCAAUGAGCCAGUAUUGCGCAGGAUUGCUGUGGACAAAUGUGCCCGGAAGGUGCGCCAUGCACUGGCCAGUGUCAACUGGGACACCAAACUGACCCAGUGGCUACACAGCACCCUGAUAGAGUCUCUCAGUCUGGCCAUGCUGGCUGCUUACCUGGACGUACUGCAGACACUCAAGAGCAAGUUGCCCUUGCUGAUUGACAGGAUGCUGCUGACGUCGUCAGUAAAGACUGGAGCGGCUGGUGCAGAAGCCCUCUCUCUGCUCCUGAAGAGGCCCUGGGAUCCAGCCGUGGGCGUUCUGUCUCACAACAAACCGAGCAAGCUUCCUGGCUCCCCACUCAUCUUAAUUGUACCAUCAGGUCCCACCAAUCCUGCUCUUUCUACCCCACGCCGAUUUAGAUUUUGGCAGUCACAACUCUCCUGCUUGGGAAAGGUCAUCCCAGUAAAUACCCAUGUAAACAGUGGAGCCAAUGUGGGCAUCACUCAGUGUCUGGAGCACUUGUUGGCCACAGCCCGCGCCAAAGUCAUGGAGGUCCACAGUCACUUCCCUCACAAACCCAUUAUCUUGGUUGGCUGGAAUGUGGGAGCUCUCAUCGCCUGUCACGUCUCCCUCAUGGAGUACCUGACCGCUGUGGUGUGUCUUGGCUUUCCUCUGCUAACAAUCAAUGGGUCAAGAGGGGAUGUGGACGACCCCUUACUGGACAUGAAGACCCCAGUGCUGUUUGUGGUUGGUCAGAACGCUCUGCAGUGUGGCACAGAGGCCAUGGAGGAGUUCCGAGAGAAACUUAGAGUCGACAACAGCAUGGUGGUGGUGGGGGGAGCUGAAGACAACCUCAGAAUCAACUCAACAAAGAUCAAAUCAGAGGGACUAACACAGACCAUGGUGGAUCGCUGCAUUCAGGAUGAGAUAGCAGACUUCCUGUCGGGAGUGCUGGAGCGGGCGGAGAGCCACGGCCACGGCUCCGGAGAGCUGAGGGACCUGGACACAGAGAAGAAGAAGCAGCCCUGGCGGGAGUUACCCUUUGACCUGGAGAGGGCCCGCCCCUCUUCCCCUGCCCUCAGAGUACCCAUCUCAGGCUCCGAGGACCGGUCCAGUGUAUGCAGCAGUCCCACCUCCGGCCCAAAGCCAAAGACCUCGGGACUGUCCCCGGCACAGAAGUCCAGCCUGAUCACCGCCACACAACUCCUCAAGACCCAUAUGCAGCGGUCUGGGACGGUGCUCACACACAAGCAGGCACAAGCCCAGUUUGCUGCUUUUAUGAAACAAAACAUGCUUGUGAGGAAAAAUCUUCCCCCUGGCGCUCCCUCCUGUAUCUUUGUGCCUGUAUCCAGUGAGCAGACUGAGAGCCUGGAGAGAGACGAGCUGAAGGCCCAUCUGAAGAGGAGGCAGACGCCCAGCCCUACUCCCACCAAGGCCUCAAAGAGAGCCAAGAUCAAGGUGACCAUCCUGCAUGGAGAGACCGCAGGGGGCGCUGUCAGCUCUGCAGCACAGGAAGUGGCACCCUCUGGGAAGCCCCUGACUGUGACUGUGGGACAGACUGUGUCUGGAGCCAAGGAAGUCUCUGGACUCCUCACAGCCCCGCGGUCUGGUAGUCUGACAGGGGUGUCUAGUGCCCAGAGCUCAGGUUCCAGCUCUUUCCACAAUCUGCAGAGUUGCAUGGUGUCAGGGUCCUCCUCACAAGUCCAGGUGCAAGCUCCUGCUACUGCCCAAGCACCUUCUGCCAGCAGCCUCCUCCACGGCCUAAGUUUCAGUCUACAGGAGAUAGUGACCAAAUCCCCUAGCCUGCCCAGCACAACAGCUAGCAUGGGCAGCAUUCAGGCCCUCGGUAGGAAGCCCCAGGGUCAGGUUCUUAACUCCAAAGGUACUGGCAGCAGCACUCUGAUCCGGGCAGUGCCUGUGGUCUCCACUGGAGGGCUGACCAAGACAACUGCCAUCCACCAGCUACUCAACAACGGCGGGCUGGCCAAGCUGGCGAGUGGCCUCCCCGGCCUGCCACACAUCUCCACCCAGAGCGCCGGUACGUCUCGAACUGCCAGACCACGGCGGCCACGCUGAAUGCCCGGGGUUAACUCCUUAACCCCUUGUUUCGGGAAAGCUAGAAUUGCAGGACGGGCCCUAUUGCCAGUUCACUUUGGCCACACUACAGAUGGGUGACACAGAUAGUGGACAGCAUGAUCAGUAAUGUGUAUGCAGAUAGUCAUCUAUGAAGAUCCUAGGUGUUGUCAGUAUCUGAAAAGCCAGACUUGCAGCCGUGUAAUAUCGAGUAUAUAGAUUUGUAUUGUACGGGAUGUGUUUUUGUACUUUGUACAAAUGUUCAUGUUUGGAAAGAGCCAUAAAGAAAACCUCAAUGAAUACCAUGAUCCGGGGGGAUGUGACAUUAGAAUUAGGUUUGAUGAAGUCAAGUUUAAUAGUUAUUGUUCCUGAAUCAAUGGAAGUCUGCAGGUAUGUCAAAUGUAAAUGUUCGAAAUGCUGACAUGAGAAUCCGUCAAUGGCAUGUUCAUAUUUGCGUGAUGUUGCUUUGAAUACAUGGAACUCUUGAUACAAAAUCGAUAUCACAAGAAUUGUGAAUCAGGAGGGCCAAAAAUGAAUGCAUUUUAAUAAUGACUAAAUGUCACAUGACUACAGAAUAUGUCAAUGGCCCUGUUCAGAAUGAAUUUCUUCACCACAUACGUCCACUCGGUAAAGAUAGUCUUCAUGUUACAAUAUUAUAUAAAUCACCUGCAAGCAGCAGCCAUACUUCCAGAUGCGCACAAGGACCCACAGACUCACUUUGGAGGGAAUAGAAGAGUUGAAGGCAAUAAUAUUCACAUCCGGCAUACCAUCUCUGUUUCUAUCAUUGCAAUAAAGACUGGAAAAUAA